AGUGAACUCAAAAUGGAAAUGACGUGGUCGACAGUUUGUGUUCUAUUACUUCUUUUUGUCUCAGCAACUCGCACAGAGUCGUCGAAUAGACAACUGAAUACGGAAAACAUCCUAAUCAAUGUGACAGCGGGGACACUGGCAGACACACAGCUGCAAGACUCUAACAACUUACAGAUAAAUUUAAACAUAUCAGUGAGUGAAGAGCAGGUGCUGGUCAAUGACGUCCCAGUGGAGCUGUCGGGGGUCACUAGGUUCAACUGCCAAGCGCUUCUCUUGGACAGUGUCAAUGGGAGCAGUGAGUUUGAGUCUGGGGACAUAGUGUCCACUGUUACCCGGGUGAUGGUGAGCCAGAACAGGCUAUACAGUGACUCAGAGGAGGUGGUGGCUCUUCAGGUCUUCAGUGAAGUGAUAGAGAUGGAUGGCAAAGAGGUCCAGCAGCCUGACAUGUGUGAGGUGAAAAUACUGAUGAGCCCAGACUUCCAGAAGCUGGCCCAGUUUACCAACAUCUACCCCAUUGGACACAGUGAUAUCUUUAGGGUUCCCAGAGAAAAUGAUGUGGUUGUCACAGAUCCACCAAAUUCUAGAAAAGAUGAAGAGCAGCUGAUCUCUCAGACCACAAGCCAGUAUCCUCUGAAGCACACAGAGACCACCCGGGAAGAGAUUGCAUCCCCUGGAAAACUCCCAGAGACCCCCCUGCGUAUGGAUCCUGACCUCCUGUAUGAUGUCAGAUAUGAUGAUGAACUUGAUUACACUUACCCGAGCCAGCCUGAUCAGAAUCAAAUGGAAACUCCACCCAAGGAACUUAUUUCUUCUUACUCUGCCAUGUGUCAGUGGGUAGAGCAAGCCAGGGAGCGUCUGCGGCGCUUCUGUUCCGAAUCCCUGCCUCUCUUCUUCCUGGUCAUGUGGGUGGUCGUGAUCGGCGUGGUCGGAUCAGCCGUCAUCGUCAAGAUCUUAGAUGUGUUUUUCCCAAUUUGUGAACAUAAGCGCAUUUUUAAUGUAAACUCUGUCCCUGUGAUGCCAGAGGAUGAGAAGCACAAUCUCCUGGAGAACAUAGAAGUAGAAGCAGAGGAAGAAGAGAAGAAGCCUUGAAUGAGGAUCAUCUUGACCGGCUCCUCCAGUUUGUUCCUAUUUGUUGUUUAACCUGCGGUUUGGCAUGGCCUGGUUUUGUUCUGAUCUGUGAAUCACCACAGCUUUUCCUGUCACUUUACUCUUUCAUGGUCUUCGUGAAUCUUUUCAUCAGCCAACAUAAGAUCAUUUAAUGUUAGCUUAUAUGAGUCCCUCAGAAUGGAGAUUAAAGUGAGAGAUUUAUGGUGCUGAAUGUCAUGAUGCAAUGAGAUUAAAGUAUGGAAGGCUUACGGUUA